AUGAACAAUUCAAAAGAUAAAAAGGAUUAAUCUUAAAAUGAGGGUUAUAGCAAUAUAUAAACCCUAGUUAAACCAUCUGAAAUAAAAGGUUUUUAAAUAAAAAAGUAUAUUGCUAAGCUUAAAAAAAGCAAUAAUAAAUCAUUCAAAUAAAAGCCAAUAAUUGUUGUUCCAAUUUUCUAGAAUGUUUUCAAUCAUAAUUAGAUGUUUAUGAUACAUGGUUUUAUUGAAGUUGAGACAUAAUACAGAGAUUACUCUGAUCAUUAAGAAAUAAAUAUGAUAAGCAUUUAAAAUUAAAUAGUUUCUAUAAAAUCUAUUGAAAAAAGCACUAACCUGGAUAUGAUUAUUAUGAACAUGUAGUGUAAUGGAUCUAGCGGCUUAAAGGACUUUUAGACUUUAAUUGAUUAUUUUUCUCAAUAGCCAAAUGCUGAUUUUUAUAUCGCUUAAGCUAUCGAUGAUUAUCAAGCUUUUUUCUUUGAGUAAGUAAAACAACGGUUGAGUUAGGAUGAGUUCAUUUUAGCUAGUUUUAGCGCAUUGAAUAUAGAAACUUAAGAUAUUGAGCCAAGAAAUAUGAUAAUCUCUAGAGCUUUAUUGAGCUUGUUCGGAAUAGAAAUGAGCCAAGAAUAAGAGCUUUUGCACUAGUCAUUCAAUAUUUCUAAUAUUUUUGGUAAAGAAAGGCUCAAAGCUGUUUUUUCUUUACUUGAAUUUUCUUCAAAUUUUGAAAUUAAAAGAACAUAUGAAUAUUCUUUUACAACCAUAGACUACAUCAACUUUACGCCAUAAGUUGAAUAUGAAUAUAUUGAUUGGCCAUAAAGACCACCUUAUUUAUAAAAGAUAGAUUUAGUAGGAGUUAUUAUAAAAAUAAAUGUUCCUUUAAACUAAUUAAAAUCUAUUAUUGAAAUAAGAAAAUAAGAGCAAACAAAUAAAUCUUAAGGUUUUUUAAGUAUGUAAAACUUGCUAGACUAUUAAAUUUAAACAGAAAUAUUUAUUGAAAAGUUUUAUCCAUAAUUAGUAAAAGAAUAAGAAAAAAUAAAAGAGCUUAGUUUAAGACAUUUAAAUAAAUAAUUAAAUAGAUGUUCAUGA